AUGAGGCCUUACACUAUCUUCGCCUUGCUCUUCUCCCAUAUAUUACUAGCCUCACCUAUCACCAACGCACACGUCAUUCCGCAAAACGCCCACGCUGAAGCUCUUGGCCCAGCUACCAACAUCUCCUCCCUGCUCCUGGAGAAGCGAGACGAGAUCGACGACUGGAAUAACAACCACCCCGAAAACCGCAUCGCGGCCUGGUACAUAUGUCCGGACCCGCGCGUCCUCUACACAGUCUUCAACGCCGCGUCGAUAUGGCAGGCCUUCAACCGCGGGGUAUGGUUCUCGCAACACACAAACGAAGCCCGUCCGCGCUGGAGCGGCGUAGAAUUCCCACACACCAUCCUGCUUGAACAGUACCGCGCACAGCGCGUGGACCUCGGCCGCGUCGACGGCGAGAUAUACCUGUUUCCCUUGGACCCGGGGCCCCUGGGCGAGUGGCCCGGUCUGCCUGGUUCGCCUGUGACCGGGCCCCCUGGCCAGCAUAGGGUCGUUUUCGACGAGCGUGGCGUGUUUGCCGGCGUCGCGGUGCUGUUUACGGGGGAGGCUGAGGGGGUUAGAUUGGUUUGGUGUUAUCCCAUGCUUGAGUAUGGCGCGAGGGACGUGGGCGCGACGGCGGAGGGCAAUACAGGGGUUGAUGAGGCGUGGAGGGAUGCGUAUGAUGGACUGCAUUACUUGUAUGCGCCUGAUCCCGCGGGUGGCUCGCGGCCGCCGAGUCCUAGGGGGUAGGGGACUGGUCGGUCCUAGGGCUUUAGGCGUGGAUGUUUCCUGGGAGUUAACUUAUGCUUUCUGGUCGGUAUUGUUUCAAGGUGAUUAACAUCAAUUUCAAUGAUAUACUAAAGUUCAAAUUUAUAUAGUUAAAGCAGUAAAUAACAAAUUCG